GAAAUUGACGAAAAGCUUGGAGCUUUCUCUCUCCUCCUUUCUCUCUCUAGAAAAUUAAAUAAACCUCGAGACUACGAACAGCUUUUGUGAUUAUUUGCUUUUCAUUUCGCUGCCUCCCGCCCUCUCCCGCCUAUCCCUCAAUCGCUUAUUAGCUUCGCCUCCUCUGAAACCCUAAUUCCCUUCUUCUCUCCCAAAUCCAAAAUCCAUAUCCAAAUUGCUCCGACUCCGACCCGUUUUAACGUCUCUGAAGUUUCAACACUCGAAUAGUACAUAUAUAUUUCUGGUGCGAUUGCUAAGCUUUUUCAGUUUCUCUCUUAUCAGAUGGUUUUGUUCUUCCUUCAUUCUUGAGCUUGAGCGUCUGUUUGGUUGCCGGGAAAUGUUUGAAAAAUCAUGGAAAAUCAUUCAGUUAUGUAGUUAUUCUCUCUUCCUUCUGUUUUUCAUUUUUGUUUUCUUUUCAAAUAAAAAAAUUGGAAAAUUGGAAUUUUGAAAGCUGGGUUAUCCUUUGCGUGCAAAAUUGAGCAACCACAAGUUUUCGACUUUCAUUUCUGAGCAAAAUUGGAGAUUUUCACUUUUUUCUUUGGAUUUUUACAUAAGAUUCUUAAUUUAGUUAAAUUUGAAUAUUAAUUAAUAUUUUUGUGGAUCUCUCUCAAAUGGAUGAAGGGUCAGCUGCCAUGUGCUUUGCUUCAAGCUUUGGGUUGUUAUUUGAUUAAUUUAUUAACUUCUUAAACACGUUGGUCUGUGUAUAAAUCUCUGACCUGUUUCUGUUUCUCUUGCCAUUGUACGCAACUGACUUAUUUUGGAUCCGGAAUUGCUCUGACCGCGGCUCAGGUAGAUAUUAGAAAUGGCAAAAGGUAGCCGGGGACGACGCAGGAUUGCUUCCCGACGAUACAGACUGACUCCAUACCCAUUGCGGAACAGUCAAGAUAUAUUGGAGGAUCUGUGCUCGAAGAAAUGCAGAGAUUUGGAAAAAAAAGACUGGGAGGAUGCAACAUGUUCCGUGUGCAUGGAGUAUCCUCACAAUGCUGUUCUUCUCCUUUGUUCUUCUCACGACAAAGGUUGCCGUCCCUACAUGUGUGGAACUAGUUUCCGACAUUCCAAUUGUCUUGGCCAGUACAAGAAAGCUUAUACUAAAAUUGUGCCAUCUGAUCUUGGACAACCAUUACUUGGCUCCAACAACGAUCCAAUUGUGGUACCAGAUGCUGGAUGGCCAGUACAAAAGUGUGAAGUCACAGAACUUGCAUGCCCCCUCUGUAGGGGCCAGGUGAAGGGCUGGACUGUUCUUGAACCAGCACGAGAUUAUCUAAAUACAAAAAGGAGAAGCUGCAUGCAAGAAAAUUGUUCAUUUGUCGGAAAUUACAAGGAGCUUAAAAGGCAUGUGAAGGAAGAGCACCCCUCUGCACGCCCACGAGAAGUGGAUCCAGACCUUGAACAGAAAUGGAGAAGUCUUGAACAUGAGCGUGAGACGAACGAUCUGAUGAGCACAAUCCAGUCUUCUAUGCCAGGUGCAAUGGUUUUUGGAGAUUAUGUAAUAGAAAGAAAUAAUUAUGGUUUGGAUACGGACGAAGAGGAUGGUGGCUUUAAUGCAGAUGCUCCAGAAAGAAAUGGGGGGUUCGGGCUGGGAUUCGAUGGCAAUCUGGUGAACUUCUUUUUCCUAUUACAUGCAUUUGGGCCAUCAAGGACUGACCUGACAAGACGUCUAAGACCGCCUGAGGGGGCCUUCCACCACUCAUUGGACAAUAGUGCUGCUGGCAUCCGGCACACAACUCCUGUUGGCGGUUUGGAUUCCUCUGAUCAAGAUCAAGAGAAUGAUAGUGAUGGUGAUGAUGACGGCGGUGGUAUGUCAUUGGCGAGCCGCCUUCGUCGUCAUGGCAGGGUGUUGUUGGGACGUUCUGGGAGGAGACGUAUGCGUAGAGAAGGAAACAGCGAUGAAAGAUAAGGAAGUUAGGAACACUUGUUUAGGCACACAAAUUUAGUAGUGAUGCACAAAAACAGAAGUUAUGAUUUUAACUUUCUCGGAUUUGCAUUGGAUUAAGUCUCAUUGAAAUUGAAUAGCUGUAAAAAAGGAAAAUGGAGAUGAAGUUGUUCCUUUUCCCUUUGUUCUGUUGUGUAAUAUAUUUUCAAAAUCUAAUUUUACUUCUUACUUUUUA